AUGGGCACAGCAGGAGUACAGACCCAUGAACUCAGCACAGGGAUGGUGGGAACCCCUCAUAACGGGCACAGCAGGUGUAUAGACUUGGGAAUUCAGUACAGGGAUUGUGGGAACCCCGUAUACUGGGUAGAUCAAGUAUACAGACUUGGGAACUCAGCACAGGGAUGGUGGAAACCCCUUAUAAUGGGCACAGCAGGUGUACAGACCCUUGGGAACUCAGUGCAGGCAGGAUUAUAGAAACCCCUCAAUAUGGGUA